GGCCAUAUAUAAAAAGCUAACGAUCAUUCCCCCACAACCUCUGCUUGGAGAGUACGGACUUGUCACGUCCCGUAGUGUGUUCAGUUCCCACGGCUGUCAUCCCGGGAUUGACUUCUAAAUCCCGCAGAGUUUCGCGCCGGAUUUCCUCUGAUCCCAGCCUGUUAUAUCACCAUAGUAACCUGUUAUAUCACCAUAGCAACCCGUCAUAUUGUCAUAGCAACCGGCCAGUCUGCUGGAAUCUACUGUACAGCUUGGAGGUCACGUGACCGUACGUCCUGUGGGAGCGUCAGACGUCAGCGUAAGAUUCUGGAGUUUUAGUGUUUGACAGCAGAACCAACACCGUCAUGGCCGACGAACUCAACCCUGAAAAUAUCAAACAGAAAAUCAGUGCCAUAAGAGAAGUAGUUCUGAACCGCAGCAAUAAUGAGAUAGUGCUGGUCCUGCAGUAUCAUGACUAUGAUGUGGACAAGGCCAUCGCUUCUUUCAUGGAAGAUGGAGCUGCACAGGUGUUGAAGGAGUGGAAUUUUACAGGAAAAAAGUCGAACAACAAAAAGAAGAAGAAAAAGAACAAGCAGCAGCAGCAAUCCCAGCAGGCCGUGCAGCCGCCUCAUCAGACCGAGGCUCCUAAAGAAGACGAUGUCAGCUCGACAGAGGCGCCGACGGAGGGCUCCGUGAACCUUGACCUGGUUACCACAGAGACAGCCAAGUCAGACGACAUGCACUCCCCCACCAGCCCCAGUAUAGAGAGUGGGAUAGAGUUGGACAGUGUGCCCAAUGAGAGUGCAGUAGACCCUGUAGUGCUGGAUAGCAUUCCUAAUGGCCCUGUCCCGGUGACCCAUGACCCCAGCUCCCUGCCCAUAGGUGUGCCUCCUUCCCAGGAUCCCGUGCCACCGGAGGCCUCUCUGUCCCAGGGUCCCGAGGUGUCUGUGGUGGAAGGUAGUUUGGAUGAAGGUACGAAACGAAAGUCUGGCAAGACUAACCCCCCAGGAAAGGCACGUGGUAAAGGGCGUAACAGGAGACCUAACAGUCCGAGCCGGCUGUCCGUUAGUUCCGAUCGCGUACGGACGAUUAGCGAGUCGUCCAAUCGCAGCCAAGCGUCCAGCCAUGCUGCCGAGAAGGGGGCAACGGGGUCAACAAAGAGACCAGCCAGCCUGGGUAAAGGAGGCUCUGGAAAGAAACCAGGAGCGGGCCUGGAGCGCUCGGUGAAGGACCUUCAGCGGUCGACUGUGUCGCUGCAGCGUUACCGGAACCUGCUGAACGAGGAGAUCGACGCCUCGGUGAAGCGCAUCCAGACGGCGUUCCAGGAGCUGCACCAGAGGCUGGACGACAGGGAGGUCGCGCUCAUGCUGGAGCUGGACCAUGUCAAGGCUCAUGCUAUUGAGAUCCUGUCGAAGCGUCAGCAGCAGGCAGUAGACCUGAAGGUGAGGACAGCUCGCGCUCCCACCAUGACAGAGGCACAGCUGUCUGAACUACGGGCAGACAUCAAGCACUUCAUCAGUGACCGUAAGGUGGAUGAGGAGAUCGGGAAGACGACUCGCUUCGUACGGGACCAGCACACCAUGCUCAAUACAAUUGAUACAUUUGGUGAAGUUGUCCCCGUGAAGUGUGUGUACUCCACACGGCGCCCCUCCCUCAGCUCUGUCUCCAGCAUCAACUCCAGCUCCGUCUCCGAGCCCCCCACCCCAACCUCUCCCAGCCGACCCUUCCCACCGUCGCCCACGGCAACGGCCAAGCAGAAGGACGAUGUGUUCGACACCCUGGUUACCACGGCGUCGGUAACCGUGACAACGGCCCCGGGCAUGAGCACUGCGGAGAUGGUGGAGCUGCAGCACAGGCUGCAGGAGAACCUGAGACAGCAGGUCCGUCCCACAGGCAGUAACCAUGGUGACGGGGGCAUCAGCACGGCUUCCCCGGAGCGGCGCAGGCCCCAGGUCAGCAGCGCGCCGCCGCAGGGACCCGGGCGGGACCGCGACCGGACACACCAGAACCGCGACCGCGCCGGACAGGGCCAGCAGGGCAACAGGGACAGAGGUUCAAACUCUGGGCAGCAGGGUAACCGGGAACAGGGGACGGAGUCCCCGCAGAGAUCCGGGCGUAACCAGCGCCGACGGGACCGCGACCGCCGUGACGCCAGGAGGGGGAACGACUCGCAGGACAGUGCCAACCAAUCACACGACAGCGGACCAAAGCAGCCAUCUGGUCAUGAGAAGAAGCCCCAGUCAACAGCUCCCCCUGCUGGUCCCAGCGGGGAUGGCAGGCAGUCGGCGAAGGCGGGAUCCGGUUCUAACCAGUCGCCCAGCCGGCCGCGGAACCAGCACAACCAGCCGCGCCACCAGCAGAAAGGCGGCGGGCCCCGGGUGAACGGGUCUGCGGAGCACGCGGUGCAGAACGGGCCCAGGGAAAACGGGCCCGGCGUUCCUGAGAGGGACAUGAACAGGCCCGGCGUGCCCUCGGACGCCCUCCCCCAGCGCAAGCCCAAGCAGAGGGGGGGCGCGCACAACAAGGAACAGCCCAAAGCCAUUCCCAACGGGGUGCCAGCGCCUGAAGGAACAGCGACCACCAACGGAGACUGGGAGUGAGGCUGAGGCUGACCCUAGCAACGACCAUGGACCACGCCCGGAUACAGGCCUGUCAUGCCAAAGGGACUACUACAAUGCUGCGGUUGCUAGGCAACAGUUACUAGGCAACAGUUGCUAAGAGACAUGACACAGAAUGCUCUGCCCUACCAAUCUGUUUUGAACCAUUUUCAAGUGGUCCUCUUGUACCAUAAAACGUUGGUAAUAAAGAUGUUAUACAGUACCGAAGGCAGGAGGCUCAGAGUAUGCUGAGUUAGAGUUCUCACUCGAAGUUGUUAGCAGAAAGUUCUUCUUUCAAAAAUUCAAAGCUUGUUCAUCCAAUAAGCUUUUAAAAGUUUUCGUUCCUUUUUGUUCUGUUUUUGAUUAAGGUACAUUUCUCAUGAGUGAGAAUUCCACUUAGAAGAAAUCGAGUCCUUGCUUGUUCUACAAUCAUUCUAGCCCAUAGCUUGUCAAGUCCAGAGAUGGAAGGACUCAAAUUGCUUCAGGAUCCGUCUUGAAGUCCCAAGACAUCUUGAAGCUCCAGGACAAUAUCUUAAAGUUUCUCACCACUCUAGAAGUUUGACUGCAUCCAUACAUGCAUGUUCUUUAAAUGCCUCCCUUUCAGAGCGCCUUGUAAAAGUGCCUUACUCUUCACGUAAAAAAAUGAAUUGAAUAUUGCAUAUACAUAAAAGCUGAAGAUCUAGAACAAAUGUAGCAUUUAUGAACUGUUGUCAUCAUUUUCAACAUGUACACAAUGUAAACUGCAAAAAAAAAGAACACCCGUUUUAAAGUUGACUGUUCCAAAAUGUAAUGCUGGGAGGAACCAUCCUGCCCCUGUGGAGGGGUGAAAUGUAUUCUCUUGUAAAUCAUAGCCUAAAUGUAAAGGAAGUAUUUAUAAUCUUGGAUGAUGCCAUGAUAUAUAUAGCUGUACGGUAAAGUUGGACAGAACUACUAGUUUGUUUGGGACAGUCCCAGGGACCAACUCUUUCCGAGCCAAUAGUUUAGAGAACGUUAUACUGUUUUUGUAGCGUUACAGCUACUAUACCAAUUUGCAAACGUUGAAGAUAAGAAAGAAAAUUGCCACACGACCGUGUGGAGAAACUGUAGCAUGAUGUGGAAAGGUGGUUGUGGCAAUAUAAGGCCUGCUGUAGAACAUGUAGCCAUGUCUGUGGCAAUAUCAUAAGUCUGAACUUGUGCAACAUCAGUUUACAUAGGAUCUCUUUCUGCUGUGGCAAUGUUUAAUGUGUUUCUGCUACAUUACAACCACCAGAAGAAAAAAAGAUCUGUUCAUACAACUUCUGAUUGUGCAAUUCCAAAAUAAGUCAAACCAUAGAACUUUAGGCCAGUACAUACUACUAAAGAAGAUAAAAACUUCAUCUCUUUAUGCUCCUUUCUAACUGCUAAAUGUAACCAAAAUGUUUGGAUCUUUCUUUUAGCAUUUGCAUGACAAACACAGGUAGAAUAUUGAACUUCGUGGUGUUAACUACCGCCACAAGUAUCUAAAGGCCCCUUCUGAUCUGAUCCAGUGAUCAGUGAUCAGCCAUCCAGUGAUGGCUUCUGCAGUGCAGAGAAGAGCCAGUACUUUAUGUCCCUUGUGAACAUAACCUACAGGCAUUGAUCCUGCUGCAAUAGCCACCACUGUCAUGAUAGACUGCCAACUAGUCUUUUUGAGCCAUGUUGUCAGUCCUUACCUCCAAGUGCAAAUUUAGGUUUGGACUGGCAUAUGGUAAGCCCAUAGUGUUCAAAUGUUUUUCUGUAUUAGUGGAAAUCUGUUGUUGUGUUUUUUUCCUGACAAUUUUUGUUUCUCUGAAAGUCAACAGUAUGGAAGUACAUUGUCAGAAGGGCUAUUUUAGAAUCAUCUGUUCCUGGUUUUGCUCAUUGUUAGAACCAUAUAUGGGGUAGGUAAGAGUGCACCACAUCACUGGUGACAAGUCAUGUGCGUGCACAUCAAGUGAUGACAUCACCACAAGUAGUGUUCUACAACAUAUUAUUGUGAUUAUCAUGACCUUCAAGGUGUUCUGCAAAAUGUACAAAAAUCUCUCCACCAUGACUGCGAACUGUCUCAUUCCUACACCACUGUUGUAACAUGCCAAUGAAGUGCCCAGAUAUAUCCUCAAUGUACAUAGGAGUAUUAUAAUGCCAAUAUUGUAAAGAAAACCACAAAAACAUGUACAGAGAAAUAUUGUAACUAAUUCUGUGCCUUACCUGGCUACCUUGUCAGGUACAAGCCACUGUAAGAAUGUAGCAAGUAGAUGUUUUCCCUGUUGCUAUGGUAACAGCCUUCUUCUCUCCAAGGUCAAAUAAGCUCUGCAACAAGGUCAUAUAUGGCAACCUCAAGAAAUUAAAGACCCUAGAACUGCCAUU